AUGGCCAAGAUCCCUGCACGUUUACAGAGUAGUGUUCUCGUUGAUGUUCCUGAAGAAACCAGGAGCUCUGUCCUUUUAAAUGUCCAGUUACAAUUAAUGUUGAAAAGACAAGACCCAACGGUAGCGACCUUCAUUCUAGAGAACAUCCAAAGUCCUUUAAACCAUGGUCUUUUGGAGGUUUUCUUCUUCAACUAUCUCAAUGCUGAGAAUUUUGUGUCACUAGUGUCCCUCCUAGAGCUUUGUAUCGAAGACAAGCAAUUUAUACCAAGUAAUGCACUUUGGUCAAGAUAUUUGAGUUUGACGUGUGAAGUGUUUUCCCUUGAGGGAGCCAAAUUGAUAUUUCACAACGUCAUUGAUGAUUAUAAAUUCGUUGUACAAGAUUGCUCUGCCUAUAACUCCACCCAUCCAGUCCCUUUUCUAGUGAGUCCUGAUAGCUUGUCAACCUUGGCAAUGAUAUUCCAGAAGAACCUGGAACCCCAGUAUAUAAUCUUUCUAAGAGAUUACUUCAGAAGGUUUUAUUCACUUUAUGGCCAUCGUACUACGUUUAAGUCAAUUUCCAUCUCCUUGGUGGAAGCGUAUUGUGGUGCUGGUGAUGCUGUAAAUGCCUUACGGUCUUUCAAGUAUUUGUGCAUGUUGUUCAGAGAUCAUCUGAACUUCCAAGCUCGUUCCGACUAUCUUGAAACCAUUUACUCUAUACUCAACGACACAUCCCGAUGGCGUGUCAAUAACAUUCGUACCAAUGGAGUUCAGUAUCCAGAUUGGCCGGAGGAGUUAAAGAGUGAAGACGAUAAACUACAAGAUCUGGAAGUCAAAGGUUCUCUUUUUCGGCCCAUUGAUGCUAAAAGUAAUAGUACAAGGGUGUUUGCCACAUUGGAUGGAUCUAUUCAACUCAAUGAUUUGCCCAUGUUUGAUGAAUUCAUUACCAAAACGGUUUUAAAGCAUAUGCAAUCGGAUUCUACUCAAAAAAUUCCAACCUUAAUGAAAUUGAUCAAAUCAAAUCAUUAUAUGCUAACCACUUUCAUAGUUUCCGGCCUUGCAUCCAACAACUAUUUUGCAGAAGCACUCAUAAUAAUGAAAAAGCUUCAAUUAAAGCAUUUGGACUUGUCGUUGCCAGUGUUGUUAAAAGAUGAGACCUUCCUAAUCUUGUUUAUGAACUGCAAGAGAAGACUAAAUAACCCAGAGUCAAAUGAACUUCACAACUUCGAUAAACUCCUUGAGUUCAACGAUUAUAUCAAUGAGUUAUUGAAGUUCUACUUCAAAGGGAAGGAAAGGUUCAAGAAACCUUUUGUUAAUCCAGUAAUCAUGUCUAUUUACAUCUCGCUAAUUGUGGAUGGGCCAAAAUUCCAAUCGAGCAUACUAGAAUCUAACUUGACCUUUUUCAAGAACAAGAGACAAAAAAAUGAUAAAAUUUAUUUAUCACCUGAUGACUAUAAGAAACUUGACCAAGUAUAUGACAUUUCACGAAGCCAGUUUAAAGAUCUUGUUCUUCCUAAUUAA